CCCUUUGGAGAGACGCUCUUUGAGGACGUCAGCACUCAAGCCUGGAACAUGGCCUUAUGACGGGGAUGACCUGAAAGACGCGUUACCCGGGCGACUACCGCCUUGGCCGCCCAGACGUAAUGAGGGCUUAGAGAGCAAAAGGCGAGCGUUAAGAGAAGACACGAAGACGGAUUGCUGCGCCCCAGCCCCCAGCCCCCUGGGGGCUGACGGGUGGCCAUGGAUCUGUACCUCGGCAACUGCUAUAAGAUUGCCCAAGCCGCCGCUAAGGCGGCCGCCAGCAGCCUAACUGCCGACAGGGAGCAGUGCGACUCCGGCUCGCACAAAGACCCCAUUCCGGAGGUCGGAGCCUCUCAUCUAUUGGAUCUUCCUCUGGGUGUUAAGCUGCCCGCUAUCCCUGGAAGUAAUAAUGUAUUCUAUACUACAAAUUUAAGUGAAAAGCUUUAUCAACCUUCUUAUGAUUUUAACCUGACUGAUCCUUAUUGUCGACUUUUGGAAACAAGCUAUAAAAGCCUGCAUGAUCCACAUUUAAAAGCAUACUAUGGACGAAAAGAUAUCCUGAGGAGAUUAAAGAAAGGUGGCUAUGUCACCAGCAAUAAUAAGGUGAUAUGUACCUUGAAGGAAUUGAAUAAGUACAGGCAGUAUCUGACAAGUUUAAAAUUAGACUUUGAAAGAAACUAUAUAAGAGAACAAAAAAUGAUUGAAAAACAAGCCAAUAAACUGUAUGAAACCAAGAGAUCCUAUGACAAUUAUGACAAUACACAGUUUCAAGACUGGCUGUUACAGGAAAGUACACAAACAACUCCAGACCAAGAGCUGUUAAUAAAGCAGAGAUAUUUAGCUAUGAUUGGUAGGGAAUUAAACAAGGUUGAGCACAUAGCAGAAAAGCAGAGAAAAUUCCGAAUAAAAGAAGAAGAGAGACGACAUCGGGACCACAUUAGAAGAAAACUUAGUCUCCGUAGACAGAUUGAGGAGGAGUGGAAAACAAAAGAAAUGUUACUUCUGUCAAAAAUUGGGGAAGAAGUAAAAAGAGAAGCAAGGGUUGAGGAACAACGUCGAAAAGUCAGAGAAGAAGCUCACCGGAAGAAACAAGCACUUCUAGAGAAAAAAAUCAGUUAUCAUUUACAAAAAAUGCAAAGGAAUGACCUUCAGAGAGAAGAAUUGGAAGGAAAUAUAUGUGAAAACAAGGAUCAAUAUGAUACAGAAGCUCCUUAUCCAAAGAUCAAGAAAACGACUAUUUCUGCCAGUCACCUGAAAUCACACCAAGGACAACAACGAUCAUCUCACCAUUUCAAUAGCUAUGUAAAAAUUCCUGAAAAAAAAUUAUCAACAUCAUUACCUUCUCAGCAGGAUAUACAGAGUAACACAACAGAACAAAAGAAAGAUAAAUUAAUGAUUAAGACAUCGCAUCCCACAAGUGAUGGAGAAAUUACAAGUACUUCACUUCAAACUCCAGGUGUUUCUGCAAACACAAAAAAUGCCUACAGACACUCUAUACAGGAUAUUUUGAAACGAGAGGCAAGUAACAUUUUUUUUGUUCCAGAUACAAACAGGACAAAUGAAGUAGUAACUUCUGAAGAACUGAACAACAUAAUUCAAAAUAUAAUGACCUGGGUUGUGGCUGCAGUGACCAGUGUAUUAUACCCAGCCAUCACAAAAUAUGAAGAAAGGUUGCGAAAUAUGACAUACCCAAUGCCUGAUGAUUCCACCUUGUCUUCUGAUAGUUCAAAUUGCUGUAGCACAUGCUGUGAAACAUUUCUAUAUGAAACAAGUAAGAUGGUUCAGGCAGAGCCCCAUGUAGAGGCAGCUGACAAGUCAAUAGGGCAACCAGUGGCACCUUUAAAAUCAUCUUCUGACCAUAAAGAAAGGACAAAUGUGGGGAAAACCUAUAAGAAAGUACACUUAGAAAAGAAACCUAAAACCUGCAAACCUAAAUAUAAGAUGACCUCUAAAUCUCCCAAGCCGAAAACCUGUAAAUCCAAUAGUAACCCUGUUGCACCAAUUGAAACAGGCACAGAGAAAUGUAAAGAUGCUACCACUGAAACAGAUGGCUUGGAAUGCCUACUGUCUUCUGAAGAAAAAGCAAAAGCUGUAAAUGAGAUGCAGGAGUUAAAUAAUCUUUUUGCUGAUUUUAAAUGUCACCUAAAAGAGGAAACUGAGUUGAUUUUAGGAAACAUUUUUCAUGAAAUGGUGUCUGAAUUAAAGCAGACCAUCCCCACCCUUUCCUCUGUUACGGCCAAAGCUUUGGCUGAUCAAACUGACACUGACAAAGGAGACUUGCUCUCCAAUGUUGAUAUCUCCUCAGCAGCUGCUGAAAUUAUAGAAAAUGUGCUUGAGAAGAUACAGUCUGCGGUUGAGAAAAAAUGUACUGAGGAAUUUUCACAGGAAAAUGUGUCAGUUCGCUUUAAAUCAAACUUAGUCAGUGGAGAACAUUUCAUUCCUCCAAAAGAAAAAACGUCAAAAGCUUCACUGCCUUAUGUAUUAGAGAACAUGAAUGAUAUUGCAGAGGAUAUAGUUCAUGUGAUCUUCGAAAAGCUGACAGCUCUUACAUCUUCUAAGCAAAGUGAACUUGCUCAUCUUGAAAUCACAACUGAACCAGUUUAUGAGCAACACAGGAAAGAUCCAACAUUUAUGUCUCUUCAAAGAGCCAGCAAAAGGAAAUCCAGUGCUGACCCUGGUGCUCCCAAUUUAAUUGCCAAAGAAGAAAUACAAAAUUUAGUGUCAAAUAUUUUUUCCCAGCCCUCUCUGGUCGGUUAUAUAGAGAAAGCAAUUAGCACUAUACUAGGUUAUAUACAAAUUGGACUUAAUAGUGAAAGGCUCAUUGCAACUGAAGAAGCAGUGAUCAUCCUUCAGCUACUUGAUGAUGUCUUGGCUCAACUACAUCAGAAACCAGUGAAAACAGAUGUUCAGAAGAGUGGGCAUGCCAGAAUGAGCAGUCCUUCUGGCACUGAAGAAAAGAACAGACUCAGCUGCACUGGAAUAGCCAAUGGUCCUCGGUAUGGGCACCUAUUUCCACCUAUUAAUGUUCCUGGCAUGGUCCUUUAUUCUGAAGAUGAAAAUGAAGAAGUAGACAGAAUUAUAGAGAGUGUACUGAUUUCAUCUAUCAAAGAUGAAAAAGCAAAAUUACAAGAACAGGUUCCUGAUCACUGGUUAACAAAGGAAAAUGCUGCUUUUAAAUACAAAAGAAAUAUGAACUUACCUACAAAGCCUGCUUAUCAAGACAAAGUAGCAUUUCAUGAUUGGGGAUUAAAUACUGACCUUCCAGCUUUUAAUAAUGAGGACAUUUUAAAGGAUAAGGCAGGUUUGAAUAAAGACAUUUUACUUUUCAGCCAAGAUGAAAUGCAUCAAAUACAAAAAGCCUCAGAAAAUAUAGUUACAAGUAUUAUAGAACAGACACUCAAAGAUCUCUCUUCUGGGCCCUCUGAUCACUUAGAUUAUAAAAAUUAUAGAGAGGCUUCACUUCUUAGCUCAGAAAAACCACAAGGUCUGUCAUAUCAAGAAUGGAUGGACCAGAUGUUCUCUGUGUCAGAAAUCCGUACAGUAGCUCAAGAAAUUGUGGAUGCUAUAUUAAAAAUACUUGACAUAGCUUCUACUCACAUUGUCGAACAUUCUGUAUCAGUACAUCAAACUUCUCCAGAUAAUGCUGAUGUACCAAAUAAAGAGCCAUUAGAAACAUGGUUUGAUAGUGGAAGGAAGGUGAAAUUUUUAUCUGCACUUGGUGUAGAUCCUACAAAACAUCCUUGGUUAGAACCUGAAGCAAGUGGAUCAACAUCUGAACCCAUGGAUCACAUUAAUGAUAAGAUCAUUCACACAAUUUUUAAGAUGUUGAACUCAUUUAUUUGUCCAAAAUUACAAAACUGCUUCAAAUCACAGAGCCAUGCUGCCCAUUCAAGGCGUGCACCAGACAAGAAAUCCUUUCAAUCUCACCUUAGUUCUUAUGCAAUUAAAGUGGUAAAAAUUGUUUUGGAUGCUAUCCAGAAAGAACUACAAUACAAUAAGAAAAAUCUAAAGCUUAAGAAGAGUGGCUCUCCUAAGAACUUUAGAGAUACAGGAUUUUUUGCUGACACUGAAAAGGAGUUAGACUCUGUUGUCACAAAACUAAAUAAUGACAUUAUGACAAGUUCAUUGGCAACUUGCAUUUGUGAGGUGUUAAGUGGAAACACAUAUAAAAGCAAUAUUUUACCCCCUGCAGAUAAGCUAAGGUCUAAAAUCUCAUACGGAACUGCUGGCAUUGAUCAACAGAAACCUUUGCCUUCUCAUUGUCCUCACCUGCAGGAGGACGUUCACAAAUGUUCCAGCUUGCAAGUGUUAGAUAGGAUUGGAGAUGCCUUAUAUGACAUGUUAUACAAGCUCUUAGGAGACCAUCUACAUUCUCCCCUAUCUGAAGAGCAUAAUACAGAGUGGAUCAAUGAGGAUUUGAGAACAACCAGUACACUGCAGUCCAAUAUUAAGCUUAUUUCUCAGACAAUUCUAGAAGGCAUCAUUACAAAACUAUGUGGUGUUGAGAUAGAUUGCAUUUUCAAAAAUCCAGAAUGUAAAGCUAUCUCAGAGUAUAUUGACACUGACAGUGUGUCAUUUGCUUUGCUUCUUGAAGAGAUGAGCAGAUGCUCUGACAUAAUCUCCAGCAUGGUGUCCAAUGUGACCUGGCCAGGUAGCCAAGAGGCGACUAACAACAAGGGGGAAACUGGUGCUCCCAAAACAAGAAUCACACAAGAAAAGCAUCCAAAUAAACUGAAAACCAUGGCUUCAGAUAUCCUUAAAAUGGUUUUUGCUAAAUUGGAAGGAUUUGCCAAUAGAAAUUUAGAAACCCUGUGCACUAUAAUCAGUGGAAAUAAAAAGAACAACAUGACAUACUGGGAAAGUGAAAAUGCCAACAUUUGUGCUAACACACAUGAAAAACGAUUGCAGUCGACUUUAUACACGCAUGCAAAGAAAGUGUCAAGUACUAUUCUGAAAGCUAUUCAAACUGAACUAAAUCCAAGCUUGUCAGAUUUGGAAACAUGUAGAAGCAAGCCACUACAAGAGAAACAAAUGCUUAAGAAUCUAGUCAAUUUGAUUUUAGAUGUGAUUUCUCCAGAUAUGUUUAAUGAAAUUGAACCAGAAGAGAGAGGCAUUGAGAAGUAUAGAUACAGGCCAAUCUAUGGAAAUUUUCUUCCUGGGGGAGCAGACCCAGAGUCACAUCUGGAAGAUCCUGCAGAUACAGGGAAAGAAUGUGCUGCAGAGCAAAGCCCAACAGAAGAAGAAACCAAAUCAGAUUUUCUUAAUCAAAGGGAACUAGAAAGAACAUUAAAGAAAUUUGAAGUAGAACUCAAAGAGCCACAAAAGUCCCCAGUUGUGCCCAUUAUAAGAAAUAUUUUGAAUGAAAUUUUUCAGAGUCACUUAAUUGAUCAACUAAAUGUGCUUCCUCUUCCCCAGUCCCAUUUAUGUGACAUUUCUCAUGCUGGUGAUGAGCCAAUUGCUCAAACAGCUACUAAGUCCCUGGAUAAGACAAUGGGCCCUUUAGUGUCUGAAGCAGAUGUAACCUUUGUUGCAGAUAAUGUUGUUAGAACCAUAUUUCAAAAACUUUAUUCUGCUGCCGUGACAGAUAGAAAUGAAAAGGAAAAUAGGUAUAAUGCUCUCACCUUUCCAGCAAAUAUCUCCUUUCCUGAACAUACCAGUGGAGGAAAGGCCCCUGUUUGUUCUGCCACACUGGACAGAAAUCCAUGCACACCUCAGUCCAUGUUCAAUAUUGAUAAACUGACAAAAACAAAUGUACUUGAAGAUAUUAUACAGUCAGUAUUUAAAAAUUUAGAAACAUUUGCUAAAUCCAAAGUAAAAGCUCUCUUUUAUCCUCAUAUCAGUUUCACAGUCCCAAUGGUUUUACCUUUACAGCAGGAUGAGACUGCUUUAAGCCAACCAUGGUUAUUAACCAAAGAUUCAUAUCCUGAUGACCAAUUCUCCUGUUCCUUAGUGGAUCAUAAUAAAUUGGGAAAGACUACCUCAAUAUGUCAACUGAGUGCCUCUAAAUUAAAUAGAUAUGCAACAGAAGUGGCUAGACAAAUUUUACAAGGAAUCAAGCAAAAGUUAGAUAAAGAAGUAAGUCCAUUCUUAACUCAUAAUGUGGUUUCUGAAAGUAUUCCAAGUCAGAUUGUUAAUACAAUGUUAGAUAUUAUAUCUACUAAAGGCAAAUAUGAAAAAAAUAUAUUUGACAGAAAGACUGAUCUAGGUCGGUCAGAAGAUAUUGUUGAAAAACUGUUGAGUAAAAUUGAUUAUCGAAAAAAACUUCAAUUUCAAAUACUAGAUACCAUUGAAGGUAUCUUAAUUGACAUCUGUGAGGAAGCAAUAGAUGAGAAUAAUCUCCCACUUGCUGUAUCGUCUCUUAAAUGUAAUUUAAGUGGGAGACAUUUAGAAGCAAACUCUGAAAUGGACCCCGAGUAUGCAAAUAAGGCUAUUCUAAGACUUAUAGUUCCUAAAGAGUGUGUUGCUAUGAUUUCCAAUGAUAUGGUGGAUAUUGUUCUUCACAAUCUCACUUCUGCUAUCAUGCUUGGCACAAAUGCAAAGGCUUCUACUUCUCCAAGGUUGUCCCUAAGAUUCUCCGACUCAUUUCCCAAAGCAGAGCAUCAACAAUCUCCUGUUACAGAUUCAGUGAAUGAAGGGACAAGGGAGAGAUUUCUGCUCGCAAGAAAGGAAAGCGAUAUACAGCUGAAAUCAGCUUAUUCUGAUGAUAAUCAGACAACUGCCAAGAAAUCUGCUCCUGACCCAUGUAAGGAAAAUGCUCACUUCAUUACUAAAACUAUUUUGAAUAGAUUAAAAUCUUUUGCUACAGAAAGAAUAAAUUCGCUACCUAUUUUUGGUACUGAGACUAGAGAAAAAACAUAUGUUGGCCCAGAAUUUACAAAUUAUAAACAAGACGACAGCAUAUUUCUUGAAUCAAACCAAAUGCCAUUAGAUGUGAAUAUCCUGAAAAUAUCAACAGCUAAAACCAUUCGCAGUCAAGAGGUCACACAUUACACAUUUGCCAAUUACAGAGAAAAACAUGAACCUGCGAUUCAUAUAUCACAAGCUAGUCUUAAGGAAUAUGCUGACAUAAUUGCCAGUACCAUCUUGACACUUAUAAAAAAUGACAUAGACCUAGAAAUCCAAAAUAUAUAUACAUAUCAAAAUGAUACUUCAUUCCAAAAAAACAUCCUGGCAAGUGAAACUGUCAGCAACCUCUUAAAGAGUUUACGUGAUAAAACAUCUUUAAAGGCAAGUGGUUUUUACUCAAAGCAGGACCCUAGUCUUUUUACACAAGCAACUGUACAAAAUGAAAUGCUGCCAGGUCAAAGAAAGCUGGAAGACAACACUGAACUGUCUCUCUUUUCAGAAAACUCAGAUGAAAACCAAAUAUCAGAAGCAGAAAAUCAGAGAAGGAUUUUCAAAGAAAUAUUUAGAAAUGGAGAAUGUGGACAGGAAAACAAAACUUUGUUAAGUGCAAUUAAGGAAAUUUUAAAGAAGGUAUACCAAAAGGUUAUGGAAGACAUAGACCAUUGGCCUCCAUUUAAUGAACUCCCCCAUUUUACAUCUGAUUCUAAAAUUAAAACAUCAAUACAAAAAAAAUCCUUCCAAUCACAUAUAAGCAGUGUUGCAAAUGACAUAGUCGAAAGUGUGUUCAGAAAAAUGCUCUCAAUAAUAAUGGCAUCUUUAUAUAAAAACAGUGAAACCAGGGGAGGAUUGGAAGCAUCUAGCAGUGAAGAAUUACUGAUGAAUCCAUCAUGCUUCUGGGAAUUGAAACAAGCAGAAAAAGGAAGUGUUCCCCCUGAACCUGUGAUACCACAAGUUCAACCUCACACAGGCAUUGGAAGUGUCACCUCACUGGAAAACACCUUAUUACAAUUUUCUCCAUUGAGAGUGGGCGAGGAAUUGGCCCAAAAAGUUCUCAACAAGAUCACAGAUUUUGCUUUGCUGAAUCUAGAAGAGAGUUCAUCCCUUAAAGGUCAAUCUGAUAAAAUUCGAUAUCUGGGGCCAUGCAGUUCUAAUGCUAGCCCCAAGGGUAGCCCUGAGGCAAGUUUUAAAGCAAAUUUUAAAACAAAAUCACAAGUUACCUUUCCAGCUAAAUUUGGAACAAAACCACAGCUGGGACCCAGUGGAGCUAAAGUCAAAAACAAAACCAAGCCAAGUCCUAGAGAGAAGACUUUAAGAGGCAGCCAGUCCAAGACUGCCACUGGGCCACCAUACCUGCUAUCAAUAGGGGGUGCCAAAAAUCUCUUAGUGAGAGCAAAACUUCCCACUGAGGAGCUAAAAAUGCAUGCCAAGAAUAUAGUAAGUAAAAUUCUGGAAACAAUUGUGAAUGAAUGUCAAGAGGUGAAGCAAAACAGAGUAAUGUUAAAUGUAAACACUUUCCCUUCGGAUCAAAUUGAGACAGCAAGUGCAAUUGUUAAAGCAGUUUUGCAAGAAUUAUAUGCUACAAAGAACAAUUUGGCUGAUCCAGCCGAAGGCUCAUACUCAGAGGAUCUCAAACUUUCACAGGGGUAUUCUAGUGCGAUCUCUCUUGCGAAUCCAAAAGCCCAUUUCCCUUUGAAGAGUGUUUCUUCACAAAUAGAAAAAACCUUUCCUAAAGAAGCUAUGUUUAAAGAAAUAUUUGAUAAAUGGCAAACAGAGUCAGGUGACAUGGAUAAUGAAAAACACAAGCUACUGAUGAUAGCUGAGACUGUUUUGAAUGAAAUUUCAAUGAAAGCAAAAGAAUUAGAACAAUCUGUUUCACUUUUAAAUUUGUCACUUCUUGAGGCUUGUGAAAGCAGACACAUUAAUUUUAAAAGGCAUGCUUCUAGAGCUGAGGGUUCCCAAUCACAAAUUAAUAUAUUUGGCCAGGAAAUUGUUGAAAAACUAUUUGAAAAAUUAGAGUUGAACUUCUUGACUCAGAUGUUCACAGCAUAUAGUAAAGAAACUCUAGAAAGCAAGAAAGAAACUACUGCUGGAAGUAUAUGUUCUUCCUUAAGAACAAACAGCCUCAACGAUAUACCAGCUUAUAAUGCAAAGUCGAAAUACAACAACUUGGGGAGCUCUGGCCACCGAAUCGCUCAAGAAAUCUUGGAAGGGGUUCUGAACACCUUAGAGUCAUUUACAGACUUACAGUUUAAACAUGUCUCUACUUAUGCUUUUUCUGAAAUUGUGAGAACACCUAUCGAAAACUUUUUUGCUGUGCAACAGAAAUCAUUAAAGAAAACGAUAUUGCCCAAGUUACAAACACUGAAUAAAUUUCCUGAUGAAUCUAAAUCAAGUACGAUUUCCCAGGAAAACAUACAGAAUAUCCUUCGAAAGCUUCACUCAUUCCAUUCAGAAUUGCUUACUUAUACUGUUAAUACUGUCAACGACAUGCUUGGUGUAAUUAAGAACAAACUAGACAAAGAAAAAUGCCUAUUUGAAGAAAACAUUGGAGCAAGUCAGAUCAUCAGCACACUGGUGGACCAGUGCACUGAUUUCUAUGAGUUGAUGAUCAAAAGCCAUCCAAAGGAAAAUCUCCUUCAAGGAGCUGAAAAUGCCUGCAUUGUUAAUUGGUCCAGAUUUGCAACUGGAAUGGGAAUGUCCACUUCAAAGUCAGUGAGAGUUAGCUGCUGCAAUGAUCCUCCACAAAUCCCUGGCUUGUUGUUUUAUUCAGAGGAAGAUAUGAAAAUAAAGGACAAGCCUUCCUCAAAUACACCUACGUAUGUCAGACACUCUGUGAAAGGAAAAUACUCUCUCCCAGAAGGCACUGUCUUACAAAAACCAUCUCAGAAAUCCAGUGACUCUGCACAAUCAUCCCUAGAGCACCCCAUGUCCUUCAGAGAAAUGGAAGAAGGCAAAAAUCACAGAGCGCUUCAUUACAAGUCCCCUAAACCAGUUGUUAAGCCAAACCAAAUACAGACAACCAUUUCUCCACUCAAAAUAUGUUUGGCUGCAGAAAACAUUGUCAAUACCAUACUGUUGAGUUAUGGCCUUCCAAGUCAAACCACACACACUAAUGAAAGUACAGAAACUAUGAAGCCGUUUUUUAUAUCAAAGGAAAGGCUUUUCUCUAUAGAAGAACAGAAGGCCGAGAAAAGCUUGCUUAAAAUAUGGGAAAAAAGAAACAGCUAUGAAACCGAAGAAGAAAACAAAAGCUUUGUGGCAAAUGGAGAAGAUUCCACUUUACUGGAAAAGUGGAAAAAUAAGUACCCGAAGUUAGAGAAAGCAGCAACCCUCGAAGAGGCUGAGGUCAUUGCUUUUGCCGAUCAGGAACUGGGACCACAUGAAAUCCAUCUAGUAGCAAGAUAUGUUACUACAUCUGUGGUCACACAUUUCAAGAACUUUGAAAUCGGAGGUCCUUUUGAUGAAAAUGUGUCAGUUGUUUCCAUGCUGUUAAACAAAAAAUAUGAAUCAAAACACCCUCUAAGAAGCAUAAACAGUGAUUCUUCUCUUAAUCAAUUUUGUGAACAUCUCACUGAAUUAGUUAUUUUCUAUAUAAUUUCAAGCAUUUCUGAUUGCACCAAAGAUGAUGAAACAAAACAGAAAUCACCGGAGAGCCAAGAUGCAAAUUUUAGCAAGGUUAUUUUAGUUCAUUCCCAAGUGUUUGAGAGCCGGUCAGUUUCUAUCAGAGGACUUGCUUUGGGAAUUUCUGAAAUCAUUAUUCAAAUCCUUUUCAGUAGUGACAUUUUAAAGGCGGACGUUACACAACGAGUGGUUUCUGUGAAAACAAAAUACAGUUAUUGCCCAAAGGGACCUGUGGCUGACUUCAGCGAUCUAUUUCAGGAUCUCUUAAUAGGAGUGAUCCAUGUUCUGUCCAAAGAAUUAGGAAUAAAUCAUCACCUUGACAGCAAAGGAAAAAACAAACCACCUGCCACACUUAAAAGCCAUAGUUUACCUAUUUGCAACAAAACCAAAACAAUGAAAAGACAGAUAGGUUCCAGAGGUUGGAAAUCAGCUCCUACUCACCAAAUUAAUCAACUAGUACAGGAAAAUAAACUAAAUUCUCUAGCAUGUAACUUAGACACUCUGGUUGGCAGCCUAAGAACUCAUGAAUCCAAAGAAGUAGUCAACAAAAUUUUCAAUAUUGUUGUACAUUUGUUUUUACCAGAUGAAUGCCCAAAUUGGAACAUAGAUUCUGGUAAAAUAGCAAGAAACAUGUCCCUAUCUUCAAGUAACCAGCAAAGUCAUAGAAUUUCUAGAAAUAACCUAGGGCUCUCACCCAAAUCAGUUUUUCUUCUGAAUGUCGUGUGUGAGAAACUUGUUAGAAUACUCUUGGAAGAAUGCACAACCAACAACUUCCUUACAAAUGGUCCUCUUUCUGAUGAAAUAUCAACAGAACAUCAACUGUUCAACAUACUUCAAAUUGUAGAGGAUUAUUGCAGGGGAACAAUGGACUAUGGCUCACCAUCUGAAGGAAAUGACAUGUCAGACCUUUUGGAAAAUCUGGUAGAAAUAGAUCAAGAAUCUAUGCUUAGUAUUAUUUCCCAUAGGUUGGUAAAAUCCUUAAUGGAAAAACUGUCAUGCACUAUACAGCAACCUCCCAGAAGUCCACCUCUUACAAAAAAGCAUUUUACAUACAGGACAAGAGAGAGACCACCUAGUUUCCCAAAAGCAAAAAGGCCAGAAUUAAAAGAAUCAAGACAGGGUAAAGGCACUGUAAGAUACAGGAGUUAUAACCACAGGCCUCUGACAGGACCACUGAAUAAUCUUAGGGUGAUUAAUUCCAAAAUGCAAACCCCAUUUGGUAAGCAGUCUUCAGAAAAAUUCCCUUUUCUGCCUCCUCUUCGAAGACCAGGUAAAAAGGAAGUAAAUGCUACAGCCAUUCUUAACAUGCAGCAUCAAGGAGGCAUGAACACAGGAGUUUACUCCGCCACAUUUCUCGAGGAAGUAAUUGCAGACAUUUUUCUUAAUCUUACCACUUCACUGCAGGGCAAAAAUGUAAACAUCACUGAAGAUCGGCUCAAUGACAUGAAUAUAUUAGAUGUCACCUCUGUAGUGAAUGAGUUUAAUAAUGCUCAAGUGACUGUUUUACGGGACAUUGAGGAAAGGAGAUGCUUUCCACCAAUCUCUAAAGAAACUGUUAGUAAGAUUGUUGACUCUGUUUAUAAUGAUGUAUUGUGGGAAUAUGCAUUGCAGGUUACCUGUGGCAGUCAUGUGGCACAUGCUGCCAGAUCAAUAGCAGAACAGAUAAUUAAUGGCAUAUUGAAAGAGAGUGUAGACCACCAACUCCCAUUGUGCUUUGUAGGAAAGCUCAUGCCCAAUUCAUAUUACCCUCUCAAAGCUGAGAAUAUACUGCAGAAACUUCAAAACAACCUGAGUGAACUCAACUACCAAAGUCAACAUUCAACAGGCUAUACUACCCUGCUAUCACAUUCAUUUUUAGAAGAUGUCAUCAGAAGACUAUUAUCUCAACUCAUUCCUCCACCUAGCGAGGCUUCAUGCUUAGGAAAGAAAUACUUAAUGACUUUGGAUUUUAAUGAGAGAUCCACUUGUAUAAUAAAUAAGGUUUUGUUAGCCAUCUCAAAGCACAAGAUUUGGCUCACUAAAUAUGACUGUCAAUAUCUAUAUACAGGAAAAAACCUUCAAAAUAUGGUAGAGUCUGUUUAUAACAAUAUUUUGCAGAUGUCUGGCUCUCUUGUGUCAAUACAGAAAAGUAUAGAAAGCCAAAGCCCAAUUAUGGUUGACCGAAUGGCCAGUCUUAUUAUUCAAGAAAUUAUUGAAAGUCAUCUCCAGCCAUUUUUGUGUGGAGAAAGCUUAUCUCAUUCAGUGACUCCAUUGGAUGAAAUAUUGAAUAUGGUUGAAGAGGUCCUCAGUGAAGUCACAGUAUCACACAGACCCCAGAAGCCAUCAUUACUAGGCAGGGACUUUUAUCCUAACGCAUUUGUAGAAGACAUUGUUGCCAGACUAUUAUCAAAAGUCUUCAAUCCAAAAUAUAACACUGAGUGUGAUUUGGAUACAAUGACCAAAAAAAUAGUAAAGGCAAUAAACAACCAUUUUAACAAAGCUAAAAUCUGCAUUCUUCGUGAUGACCAAGAGCAGCCAUUCCCCACUGUAGAUAUAGACACAGUGGAUGAACUUGUCAAUUCAUUUUAUGAGAAUGUUUUGAAGCGGCAUGGGCUGGCCCCUGAGGUUGAUAAUGAAGAACUCAAAGACAGUGAUAUUUUUGCAGAAAAUAUUACCAAUUUAAUUGUAGCAGCUAUUUCUGAUUACCUUUUUCAUCCACUGUUUUCUGGGGAUUUGUCAGCUUCUUCCUGUGCUAGUUUAACAGCAGAGAAAAUUAUUCAGAAGAUCUUUAGAGGCAUCACUGAACCUACCCAGCCAAGCCAGCAUUUAUCUCCAUAUAACACCUUGCUGCCAUACAUGUUUCUAGAAGACAUGAUCAGAGUACUACUAUCUAGAAUCUUUCCUUCUGCACCUAACAUGGUUCCAUACAGUGAAACUCCAAAAGAUAGAUCAGGAAUGAAUCACAGUGAAAUCUCUUCAAAGCUUAUCAGUGAUAUUAGGAUGAAAAUUUCUCAACAUGAAAUUCGAUUUUCAAAAGAUGAAGAUGAAACCGAACCUGUUUAUUCAGAGGAUGAUACUCAGCAUCUCAUUGAUUCCAUAUGCAGAAAUAUCCUGCAAAACUCUGGGUCUCAAGAAGCAGUUGUGCACGCUAUCACAAGCAGUGACAAUGUUCUUAUUGAUAGAAUAGCAGGUUUUAUCAUUAAAAAUAUCUGUCAACAACAUCUUCAUCCAUUUGUGUAUGGAAAAUUGCCGUUUCCUUCAUCAUGUAUGUACACUGAUGAUAUGAGAAGAAGGCAAUGGUUUUUUGCCAGUGUUUACUCCUUAGCCUUUUUGGAAGAUGUUAUCUCUGGGGUUUUAAGCAAAAUAUUCCACAGGGUUUUAGGUAUUGUGCAAACAAAAGCAGUAAGAGAUUCAGAAAAAGAACUGUUGGAAACAGCUGAAGAACUCAUAUUUUUGAUAACGGAAGAAUUCUCAAAAGCUCAAGUUAGCAUCCUAGGAAAUGCUAAGGAACAAUUGUGUUUGCCACCAGUAGAUAGAGACAUAGUGAUCAAAAUUAUUGACACAGCAUAUAGCAAAGUUUUACAAGAAUAUGAACUGGAACCUAACAAGGACUUUCUCAGUGACACAAAGACACUGGCUGAGAGGAUAACUAAAAUUAUCCUGGCUGAAGUUUUUGAUUUCCAAAUUCCCCCAUAUUUCAUAGCAAAGCUGCCUUUUAAAUCAUAUUCAAAACUCAAUGCUGAUGUUUUGAUAAAGAGAGUUCAUUAUGCAAUCCAUAAAUCAAGACUCCGAAGACAGACCUGUACAACAUAUACCACUGUAUUUUCACAUACACAUUUGAAAAAAAUAGCCACUCAGGUUUUAUCUCAGGUAAGCCCAUUGAACUGCAGUGCAGAAGAUGUGAACCUUUUGCAGUCAGGCUUCAGCAACACAGUUGUGAGUCUGAUCGAUGAAAUCAUGUCAAUAAUUUCUAAGCAUGCGAUAUGCAUUACUAAACAGGGAAGUGAAAAACAAAAUGUGAUUCCAGAAAAAGAUAUUCAGGCUAUGGUCAAUGCCAUUUAUACUGACAUUUCUCAUUUAAAUCUACAUCAGUCUCUUUCAAAAAAUAAAAAAGGCAUAAGUAAUAUACCUGUUACAAAAAUAGCAAGUUAUAUAAUAAGAGAAAUAUUUAACCAUCAUCUUCAGGCAUUUUUAUCUGGAAAUAAAACUCUUCCUACAGGUACCAUAGAUCAGACUUAUCAACAGAGAGCAACAGAUCCUAAACAAAGAGAAUUAUCUUUCAUUGUGAAUUCGGCUGUCUUUUUGGAGGAAGUAAUUUCUGAGCUUUUAUGCAAAAUCCUCUAUGUAUUUUCACAUAAUGUCUUGGCUGCUGAAAACCCAUGUAAAGCAAAAGCCAAUGUUACUGACCUUGUUACACGAUUAGUAAAAUCAACUGUGCUGGAGUUCACCACAUCGCAAAUUUUAGUUGCAGAUCACUUGGAUGAAAACCUGUAUUUUUCAGAAGGAUAUAAAGAAAUGGUUAAAAAAACUGUCAACAUUAUUUAUGAAAAAAUAUUAGAUGAUUAUCAAUCUCUGGUACAUAUUUCUAGAGUUAUACAAAAUGAUGCUGUUAGUUUUGGGAAACAAAUAUAUUAUUUGCUGUUAGGAGAAAUUUAUGAUUAUCAGGUGGAGUCAUUAGUUUCAGGAGGAUUAGCAACUUCUUCCUAUUCCUCCCUCCAAGAGAAGAAAAUCAUCAGAAACGUACUCAACACCAUCAAUGAUGACAGCCUUAACUUGCCAUCAUAUGUCACUGUAUUGCCUCAUUCCCUUCUAGAAGAUAUGAUUUAUAAGCUUCUAGCACAUAUAUUCCCUUCAUCUGAGACUGAAACGGAACUAAGUGAGGAAAGGGUGCCACCAGAUAAUGAGUUUGUGAAUGCAGCUUCAAAUCUAAUUGAUGAUAUUAUAACAGAAAUUUCUAAACAUGAAAUUAGACUUGCCAAGGCAGAGGAGCAUGUGGAAAGUUUGCAGUCAGGGGCAAUUGAUAACACUGUUGACUCCAUCUGUAACAAUAUUAUGAAAAGAAUUAAGUUUGAAGAUGAAGCACAGAAAGAUACAUGCAAAAAGGGAGAUUCAUUCCUCAGCAGAAUAGCUGGUUUCAUUAUGAAGGAAAUUGUGGACUACCAUCUGCAGCCAUUUUUAUGUGAUGAAGAAUCAUCUCCCAGUGGCUUACUCGAAAAUGACCAAGUCAUUGAACUCCUGAAUCCCAUUAAAGAAAAAAUACAGUCCUUCCCACAGGCCUCCGUGUACUCUGCUACAUUUUUGGAAGACGUUGUAAUUAACCUUGUUCACAAAUUUUAUUCUCUACCAAGUACUGCUGAAAAUCCUAAGGACAAAGAGCUAUCAGAAGGAGAUCUCAAGAGCCCAGCUAUAAAAUUUGCAAAUGCCCUGAUAGGGGAAUUUAGGAAAAGUGAUAUUAAAGUUCUAGCAAAUGCUGAAAAAAUGUUUUCAUUUCCACCAAUAGAUAAAGAAACAGUCGAUAAAAUAUCUGAUUCUGUGUAUGAUGAGGUCAUAGAAAUAUAUGGAUCUAAAAAUGUUCAGAAACAUGAUGGAUAUAACAUUGUUAUAGAGGUGAUUGCUGCUUUGGCCAAGAAGGCAAUCUCUGCUUUCCAGAUUCAACCACUUUUUUCGGGAGGCUGGAUUUCCACCUUCUUUUCAUUCCUAGAUGUGGAUAGCAUCAUCCAAAGAGUUCAACACCUACCAUCUAAAACCUUUACAAAGAUUACCAGAAGCUUGAAGGAGAACACAGUGUCUUCCCUAGAACAAUUACCUACACUUAUUCCUCUAACCUCAGGCCUAAAAGACAAAAUGGACACUUUGGAAAUAGAUAGAAGAACACUUAAUGGAAAAGAAAACUUCAAAAAGGAGGAGACAUUAGUGAAAACAGGCAGCCUCCAUGAGCCAAUAUGUACCAAUAUAAGUAGCAUUAUAAAGAGCAAAGUAACUACCCUAGCAUCAGAGUCAGUUGGAGGCUUGUCCAAGAAAAAGAAAGAGGAUGAAAAGAAAAAGGAAAGUUCAAUUGGAAAAGAUAAUGAGAAGGUAUCAAAAGUUACUUCCCCAGCAACUAGCGUGGAAAGUAAAGAUAUUCAGGGGCCAGAUUUGGGUGGAGCACUUACAAAAAAUGAAAUCAAGAAAGACCGUUUGGCUAGAAAAGAUAAGAAAGGGCAAGCUGAUGAGGUAUACCAACAUCUUUCACCAGCUACCAAUGAUACAGAAAACAAGAAGGUUGUCCUGGAACCAGAUUUUAAAAUAGAUGAUAAGAAGGAGAGUAACAAGAAGAAACGUGCAUUAGGGAAAGGGGAUAAACCCUUUGAAUUACCAUCUCUGAUAUCCAAGGUGAGAAAUAGAGAGAGCCAGACGUGGAGAGAUUCUCUGGCCUACAAGGUUACAGAUGACAGACAGAUCUUGCAUCUUAAACAUGCCCAAAAUGUCACUGAAAUCAUUUACAGAAAUGUUUUAGAAAUAACUUCUUUGCAAGGACCAGUAGAUGAUUCAAAAUCCCCAGAUCCCCUAGGUGAUAAAGCAGCAUAUGUAACUCAAGCGGAUGCCAAGGAUUUUGCACAGCCUGCUUCAAUGAAUUCAACUAAACAAAAUGCUCCUGCAAAAGAGGAAGAGAAUGAGAAAAGUAAAGGGAUUACAAGUAAACCUAGUAAACAGGACAAUUCUCAGGACCCACCAGAAAAUAAGCCAGUUAUUUUCCCUAACUUUUUAGAAGAUGUUGUCUCUGAAAUAGUUAACAAAUUGAUUUUUUCUUCCUCAUCAGAUAUAGAUGAUACAUGCCAAAAUGUAACCAAAGAUGGAAAUCAAGCUGAUCUCUAUGACAUGGCUAUGAAACUGAUUGAUUCUUUGUUAAAGGUGUUUUCAGAUGCUCAAAUUAAAGUAUUAAACCCAGAUCAAGGAAGUAAGUUCUUCCCAUCUGAAGAUACAGUUUCAUUAGUUCAUAAAGUACCUCUCAGGCAAAAAGAACUAUAUGUGGAUAAAACUCCUCCCAAGAAAAAAAUAAUUGUGGAUAAUAUACCAGUCAUGCAUAAAAAUGCACCUGCCACUAAAAUACCUUCUUCAGAUAAGGCUAAAACACCAUCAAUGGAUAAAAUGUUGGUCAAUAAGAUUGUUCACUCCUCUAUAUGCAAUAUUUUGCAGGAAUAUCAAUCUCGAGACUUGAUUUGUGAGGACAUAAAUAGUAAUGUUGAAAAACUAGCAAGAAGGCUAGCUAAUGCAGUAAUAGAAGGAAUUUUUCAGCAUCGGCUAAACUUGCUACUUUAUGAUGAGGUUCCAGAUUCAGUAUGUUUACCUCUAGAAUCUAAGGAGGUUAUGAAAAAGGUCCAGAAGGUGGCUCAGACAGCCUGCAAAGAAUGUCAGACAUCAUCGCCAUAUACGGUAAUGCUGCCUCAUGAAUUUUUAGAAAGGAUAAUUUCUUCUCUUCUAUCAAAAGUUUUCUCAGUAGUAGCCAAUGCUAAAGCAGAAAUAUCUGAGGAUAAUUUGUACACAGAAUUGGAUUUCCUUCAAAUGAAGUUAGCAAGUACAGUUAUAACAGAGAUCUCCAAAGAUGAAGAUAUGAUGAUCCAAUUUGUAGACUCCUUAUGUCCUAAUGAUGAUGAAAUUAUUCAAUUAGUGGUUCAGACUAUUUAUAAUAAUCUCUUGCCACAAUUUGGAUCUCAGGAGAGCAUACAAAAGUGUCUCAGCAGUGGUUGCAAAAUCCUUUCAGAAGCCAUAGUUAAUUUAGUAGUACAGGAAGUGACUGGAAAUCAGUUACAGAACUAUUUUUCUGGAGAACUAACACCAAAUCAGUGUACAGAAGUUGACUGCGUUGUUGAAAAUGUCCUUAAAGAUAUUAUCCAGCCCACUAAAGUUCUCCAGCCUCGGCCAUCACGGGCUUACAAACUGCCUUUUAACAUAAUAGAAGAAAUUGCUGUAAAUUUUUUGUCAAAGCUUUUAUCUAUGUUUCCAAAAGCGGUUAAGAAGCAAAAUAAUUCCCUAUAUGCUGAAAUGCAAAAAAUAACCUCAAAAAUCUUAAGUUCAUUCCAAGAAUAUAUCUCUAAAAGUCAGAUUAUAGUAGUACCCCAGGUCAAAGAAUCAUCCACUGUAUCUUUAGCAGACAGUGCAACUAUUGAAAAAGUAGUUACUUCUGUUUAUAACAUUGUUUUAAAGCACUCCGGAUCUCAUAUUUCAGUAUAUAAAGAUUUAAUGGGUAAGAGCAGUGUCCUCUCAGAUAUAAUAGGGUAUUUAAUGGUGAGGGAAAUUUCCAAUUCAGAAUUUCAUCCUCAAGUAGAGGAAGAAACAUCAAGUUCAGAGUUAGUUCUGGAAGCUGUCAAAAUUAUGGAAAAGGUGGUUAAGAUUAUUGAUGACCUUAGGUCGAAGAAAAAGCCUUCAUCCAAAAAAGAGGCUGUAAUAGAUGCCAGAUUUUUAGAAGAAACACUUGCCUUGUUUUUGGCUAAACUAGUAAAGUUUCCAAGUGCCUCAAGUGGAGAUCCUAAAAACUUAUCAAAGCCUGAGUUAAAUAAAAUUGCAUCUCAAUUGACAAAAUCCGUGACAGCUGAGAUUUCCAGAAAAAACAUUAGUAUUAUAGCUGGUAAUCCUGAAGAAAACUUUUUAAAUCCAGAAAAUAUGGAAAUUAUUUCUCAGAUGGUCGAUUCUGUGUAUAAUCAUGUACUACAACAAUCUGGAACACAUGAAGAACUUUAUUAUGAUAUGAAAGGUACAAACCACAUCUUUCCUAAAGAGGUGGCUUCUUUCAUUAUCAUGAAAGUUUCUAAUUGUGCAUUAGAAACAAUUAGCCCAAAAGCUUCAUGUGCUAAUCUCUUUGGUGAUCUGGAUGUUGGUCGAAUUGUUGAAAAGGUGCAGGAGCAUGUGUUGAGAACUGAACCUGAGCCAGAGCCAAAAGGGUUCCAUCAAGAGUUAAGGGAAGAAGAGCUUUCAGUUAGGAUAAUUCCUCACCGUGGGAAACAGCCAAUCAAUAUUGAUCCAGACAUUGUUGCAGAACACUUAGGGGUCCUUUCUAUAAAAACACAAUCGAUUGAGAAGCUGCAGAGGGAGUGCUUAGCUAGAACUGGACAUAGCAUCGAAACACUGAGAAGAGUGUCAAUAAGUGGGAGAAGUUACUCAACUGAUGCACCUUAUUCGAGAAAGAAAGAAAGACGAGUCUCUUUGGAUCAGGCAGGACGACUGGAUGUGAAGCCAUUAGAGACUGCUAGCAGAAAUUCAUUUCAGAGUUUAAUAAAACCUGACAUAACCAAAGUAGAGCUUUUAAAAGAUGUCCAAACCAAAAAAGACCUCAUCAUCCGGUUGGUAACUCAUGAUAUUAAUCAAGAAGUUUUAGAAAAGAAAGCAGAAGAAAUUUUAACUUCUGAUGAAGAUGAAGUUGUUUUAGGAGAGAUUGUAAAAGAAUUACCAGAAGGCCCACUUGAAGAUCAAGUAAAAGAAGAUGUGAAGCCCACUGCAAGCACACUGGCUUUCCCCAAGCCUCUGGUGAGCAAGAGCAAUCUGAAAAAAUUUCUGUCACUAGGAAAAUGUUGUCAGCCCAAAGCCAGUGUAACAACAAUUACUGAGGCAUCACCAAUUCAACAGAUAAAAUCUGAACAGACACAGUUAAGAACUGUUUCUAAUGAUUUAACUACCUCAGCAUUCUUGACCAAAACAAACUCUUCCUCUUGGGAGACAAAGACACAACUGAGUGGAAUAGAAAUGAAAUCUAGCACUGAACCAACACAUUACUUCAUACACAGAGUUAUGAGUUCAUCCUCAUACAAUGAAGAGGAUCUCCCUUCAUUUUCUAGUGGCAAUGAAGAGCAUCCCUCAGAUCCAAGUGCCAAAAUUACAGAAGGAAGUUUUGACUGUCUGGGUCUGGAGAAAUCAAGCAGUGUUAAGUUUGUCACCCUCUAUCAACGCGAAAGUGCCCUGGCCAGCCUAUAUUCUUCAAAUGAUGGCAUUUCAGACUCUGAUAAGCCCAAUACAUCCAAACAGGGGUCUGAAAUGAUGAGGAAUCUGUCCAAAAUGUCAUCAGCUCUGUCCAAAAUGUUUUCAAGAUCUGCUCAUGUUCCCAAGUCUUCCUCACCCUCACCCCCUCAUGGAGAUAGAAGCUGAGGCUGCUACACCUGACAUCAAUAAGCAUGUUGACCUUCCUCAAAAAAUAAAUGGUUUUUGAAAUAUGA